UGUGAAUCCAGCAAAGCCUCGUCGAGAGUUCUCAAGGUUGCGGGUUUGUCGAUCAUUUUACAAAACGAGUGAUCUGCAUCUGCCAUGUGCUUCUGCUGUCGAUCACCACAUACCCUACUAGAACCUAGGGUAGGGGUGUAGGGUUUGGGCAGGGUCCAACGCAGCGCACCUCCCCCACCACAUACAGAUUCAAAGGAAACGACAGACGUCAAGUCGGCGCUGCUGGAAAGGUUGUAGCACUGCUAAAGGUCGUCAUGGCUCACCCAGAAUACAUGGGAGCGAUGUAUACCAACAGUUCUGGUGCUUUAGGUUACGGGGUCAUGCGACUAAUGCAGUUUAAUGAGCGUUUAAACGCGUUCGACGGGAUUCCUCGAGAUAUCGCGUACUGGAAAAAGUUUGUUCACGAUUUCUUUACUGAGCAAGGAGUGUUUCGCUAUACUGCAAUCGUGGACAACCAACAAGGGCAAAAAAGCACCAAGUCUUUCGACGUGUCUGUAGCUGCUUUGCCGCGGUUUUUCUAUCUAGCACAUACUGAAACACUAAAGAGCAUGUAUUUUAUAUUGGGACGUACGCAAGAGUUCCUAACGGCAACGAACGGAUACUUCGUUGAGGCCUCACAAGCACAGUAUGUCUGCGAAUAUGCGAGUGGUGUCCAAGUAGUAACGAAAGGCUGCAUACGUGCGGUCUUAUCUCGGGCACAGUCGCUGAAGCUAGAUUUGUUUGAAUUCACAUUCAACAGCUACUCUGAGUACUUGAUGCGAGAUCUGGUGCUUUCUGCAGCCAAUGCUGCUCGAACGGCCAGCCAGUCACGGCCUGUGAAUAUCGAAGACUUUUUCCCGAAAACCACCGUGAAUGAAAUUGGCCUUGAGCCCCGGGUCAUGCGGUACAUGGAGAUUACAGAAACCAUAUCAAGCAUGCGGGAUCUAAUCGCAUUCAGCGUGGCUCAAAGGUCAAGUCCCAUGCAUGCUAUCAACAAGUUUGCGAAGCUUGUUCAGCAGCAACACUUAUUUGAAAACAACGUAAAUGGAGCUGGUGCUCCCUCCCCCAUGUUGAUGCGGGGCCUGGGCUCGGCUACGUCCAAUACGAGUGAUGCUGCAUCACAAGGCCAAAUGGUCUCCCAAAAUGCCCAGCAGGGUGCUAACAAGUCCACUGCUGCCACUGCAAUGCCUCCUGCCUCGGUCGACAUGUCCCAAGCAGGCGGGAUGCCAAUGACCAUGCAUAGUCCAUCCUUGAUAAAUGCAUAUCAACAGCAAGUUCCCCCGGGGAACACUGCUGGAGGGUCCCUUAUGUCUCCUCAUCAAAAGCGUCGUUUUCCUCAGUCUCCAGGAAUUCAUGUCUCCUCGAACGAAAUGCCUCAUGACAACUCUGAUCCUAAUUAUCAGCGAAAAAGGCCUAAACAAUAAGCAAGACCAUACGCAAACAAACAGAAAUUUAUGUGUGUCCUUGCACUACGUAAGUUGCUGUUUCUCUCAAACCCUUUACCCUAAGACCUGCUCCGUCGUUUUUCCUGCUUACACACACUCACACACUAUCUAUCACUUUUUCAAUUCGUUAUGCUUUUUGUUCUCACAAAUUCUUCCCUUCCACAUACACUCUUUCUCACACUUCACUUAUAAACUCAUGUCCUAUCUUUGUUUUUUGUCAGCUGGUACGGUUUGCCGGUUCGUUUCUCUUAUGUUCAUACGAUAUAGUUUUGGACUACUUUCUUAUUGUUUUCAUGGUUCUUUUUUACCUUGCUUAAGCACUUGCGCCUUUUGUGAGCAACGUGUUGUCUAUACUUGGUAGCACACUUCUGUUGUCAACGAAAAAACGAGUGCAAGAUGGAAGGGCAAUUCUCGGAAUGCUUAGUUUUCCUCUGAGUCAGAGGCACUCAUCGACCUGCUUUUUCACAACGGCUCGUCGACUAAAAACCGAAUCUCCAAUUUUGUUUUUUUUUCCUUUUAUACUGCUAAAUUGCAAUUCUCUUCAUACUGCUUCUCUAGUAUUGCAUUCCAUCUACACUUGAUAAAACGUGGACUCAGUAAGGCUGAAACGAAACUCCUUGGUUUCCGUGGAACCGCUGCUGUACUUGAUCCACAUCAUUUUCCGCAUCUUCCGCUAACAAUCUUGUUAAUCUACCUAUUCCAAUAUCAUACUCUUGCUUCCUUACAACGUCUUUCAUACCGUAAUAGCCGCAUAUCCCUGUAAUCCUACUCG